UUGGUCCCCAGUGGAUUGCUGAUCCUGUUUGUGUAUCACAUCAACCUUCUCUACAGAUUUCUCUAUCUCCCCCAUACCACAACCAUUGGCUUUGAAAACAAUGACAAAAGAGCUUGGGUUGGAAGAGUAAUGCAGAUUGACAAAACAGACGUCGGCACAUUCCUUAGUGUGAUUUCGGCAGACAUUCAAGUGGCUACUUUCAUGUGUUCCAUCGCCUUAACUCUCAGUUCUCUUAUCGGAGCUUGGAUGGGAGGUAGUACUAAUGAAGUCUUUAUGAGUAAUCUGAUCUACGGCAACAGGAGCCCGUCAGUUCUUACAAUCAAGUAUGUUAGCCUCUUAACUUGUUUUCUUCUAGCAUUCACUUGCUUUGUUCAAUCAGCAAGGCACUUUGUUCAUGCAAACUAUCUAAUAACCACACCCAACUCUAAUAUCCCAGUUUGGUAUGUGGAGAAAGCAGUGUUAAGGGGAGGUAAUUUUCGUUCCCUUGGCCUUAGAGCUUUGUAUUUUGCUCUAACACUGCUGCUUUGGUUUUUUGGCCCUAUACCAAUGCUUGGUUCCUGUAUUGUUACGGUUAUAAUCCUUCAUUACCUGGACACGAAUACAAGACCACUUCAUCAACAUCGAUCACUGAUCUAGCUCUGAUUGAUCAUUCAGCUGUUUUUUCAUUUGUGCUCCAAUUUUGGCCAGUUUAGAGUUU